GCCAAUGGUCUUACGUGAAGUUCUAUGCCAUUAAAAGCGUCUGAACUGCCUGCGCAGGUAGAAGAAGAGCUUCUCACAGUUACUCAUUUGGAGCUGCCAUGGAGGUUAACAGCACAGCAAACACUCUGUCUUCGGCGUAUCUGGCGGUGGAAUAUGUGGAUUCAUUUCUUCCAGAGAAUCCGCUGCAGGAACCUCUGAAGCUCGCGUGGAAUCACAUGCUGCAGAACUACAGCAAAUUCCAGAUCGCCACCUGGGGCUCGCUCAUCGUCCAUGAACUGAUCUACUUCCUGUUCUGUCUGCCUGGAUUUAUCUUCCAGUUCCUCCCUUUCAUGCAGAAGUAUAAGAUCCAACCGGAUAAACCAGAGACGUGGGAGAAACAGUGGAAGUGCUUUAAGAUGCUGCUGUUUAAUCACUUCUGCAUCCAGCUGCCGCUCAUCUGCGGGACAUAUUACUUCACUGAGUUCUUCAGCAUCCCUUACGACUGGGACUCCAUGCCUCGCUGGCCUUUUAUAUUGGCCCAGUGCUUUGGUUGUGCAGUAAUUGAGGACACGUGGCAUUACUUCCUCCACCGAGCCUUACAUCAUCGCAGAAUCUACAAGUUCAUUCAUAAAGUCCAUCAUGACUUCACUGCUCCAUUUGGCAUGCAGGCAGAGUAUGCCCACCCUGCUGAGACUCUGAUUCUGGGGGCCGGAUUCUUCAUUGGCAUCAUGGUCUUCUGUAAUCAUAUGAUUUUGCUCUGGGCCUGGGUCGCUUUCCGGCUGCUUGAAACCAUUGAUGUUCACAGUGGUUACGACAUUCCUCUGAACCCCCUACAUUUGAUUCCAUUCUAUGCUGGAGCUCGUUUCCAUGAUUUCCAUCACAUGAAUUUUGUGGGCAACUAUGGAUCCACAUUCACCUGGUGGGACAGACUUUUCAACACUGAUUCCCAGUUUAAGAAACAUUACUCACAACAUAAAGCUGUGAAGAGCGACUGAUGCCUCACCAUCGGCCAGAACAAGCUGUUUCUCACGGACUCCCGUGUGGGCUUUGGUUGCUCUGAUGCGUUUUCAUUGUCUUCCACUGCACUCGCUCACUCUUAAGUAUUUAAAACCGGACUGAAUGGAUUCAAAUCAAUGCCGGCUUCUUACAGCAAUGUGCCUUUGAAAAGAGAAAACACACCCCACAGCUCACUGUGCAACAACAGACUGUUUAUUAGGAAUGAAAGAAUUUCAGCAUGUUCUGAGCUCUCUAUUAUAAACAUUCAUCUGUCUCAAAUAAUAAUGACAUUAUUCUUUAAAUGCACUUUACUUUCACCUAAACAAAGAUGCAAUGUUUUAAAUUGAUAUUUUUGUAAUGUUUUUUUUUCUUUGCUUUUUUUUUUUUUUUUUUGCUAAAUAUUUUAUAACUUUCCACAGUGACCUUCUAUAUAGCAUAUUAGAUGUGCUUUUGAAAGGAUUUGGAGAACAAAUUAUAUAUAUAAAAAAAUUUCAUAAGGGAGAAAGCUAAUUGAGAUGUUAGUUUGUUCAUUUAAAUGCAACUUAAUUAAAAACAUGAAAUCA